AUACUAGUCUUUCCACCUACUUUGUUGCCUGUUAUGGGCGCUGGUGGUAUUAAUGGAGAGCUAAGAGAUCACUCAGAACACGUUGAUGCUAUAUUUCGCUCGCAUUUUAAUGUAAUUAACGGCAGACCAUCAACAUCUGCAUCGUCUCCCUCUUCCCGUCCGACUCGAGGAACUGCAUCCUCAGGUAGCAGCAGUUCGAAUAUUUCUCUGGACGGUUUCGAAGAAAUGGCCUGUUUUAGCUGCAGCUCCAAUUUUACCUUGUUCAAGCGGAAGAAUCUAUGUCGAAACUGUAAAAGACACUACUGCAAUGACUGCUUUUCAAGAGAACUUAAAUUUAUUCCAGGAGAGAAUAGCAGACACUGCCUCACCUGUAGAGCCCUUCAAUCCCCAAUUGCAUACAGAGAUCACCUGAUAAGGUUGAAAGUCAAAGACCUCCAAGAAUAUUUAAGGUCUAAACAAAUCUCCAUGAAUCAUUGUAGAGAGAAGCGUGACCUUGUAGAAUUAAUAUUACGGCAUGUAGAGGGAGGAACAAAUACAGCUCCCUCAUCUACUGCGGCUCAGCCUCAACAAGGAAGGCAACCAUCACAGACAAAUCCUUCACAUCCUCAUGCACCAGAUGCCAUUUACACACGGCUAGGUCAGCCAAGGAGUUCGCAUUCUCAACCAACUCAAAGAACUCGGCCCGUUCAGGUUCCCCCCUCUGCACCACCUGCCUCUCUGAAUAAGAGUCUGAGUGAAAUCAAGAAUGUAGAUGAAGUGCAAGAGCUUUCUGUGAAAGAACUCAAGUGUAUUCUAAGGGCAAAUUUUGUGGACUUCACGGGCUGCUGUGAAAAGGAAGAGCUCUUGGAGCGAGUUAGAACCCUCUGGAAUUCUAAACAAGAAUAUAUCAAAAAGAAAAGUACAAUGGUACCUGAUUAUGAUGAUAGUGAGGACCAGUGUAAGAUUUGUAUGGAUAAUGGAAUAGAUUGUGUUCUACUCGAGUGUGGUCACAUGGUCACUUGUACAAACUGCGGCAAGCAGAUCUCAGACUGUCCAAUUUGUCGACAACAUAUUUCCAGGAUUGUGCAUGUGUUUAAAGCUUAACCUUUGUAUCUUUAGAUAGAAUAUCACUGAAUGUAGCUGUGCUGUAAUUUCAUUGGAAUCUUGAUUGAUGAACAUAGUCAUUCAUCCGUCCAUGGGCUUUGGUAGGCAAGCAACAUCCCCUGCUGUGCUGCAGGCUACAAAAUAGUGCAUGUGAGAGGUUCUUGUAGGAAAAAGAAAGAGGCAUGAUUGUAAGGAGGUUCAGUUUUAUCUUUGGUUUAUUCUUCCUUCAUUACAAAUGCACAUAUUCACUGAUACCAGAGAGAAACUUGAAAAGAUGAGGAGCAGUUUCCAGUUUUCACAUCGUAUAGUGACAAGGAAAAUUAUUACUUCCCCUGGAUGGGUUUUAUGGUUACCACAGGUUAACCACCCCCCUAUGCAUUUUAACAUGGUUCCCAUUAUAUUUUUUUAUACCUAUUCAUUAUCAUUAUGGAUGAAGUAUCUUCCCCAAGAAUAAGGGAAUGUGGCUUUGGUGGAAAAAUGAAUCCAUACUUUUGAUCUGGAGUUCAGCAAGGCAACCAUUAGGUUAUUGUGUCCUAGAGAUAAAAUUGAACCACAAUGGUUACAGAUAUGGCAUGUGGGGUGCUUUGACAGAUGCAUACAGUGAUUUUAUCCUUAUUCCCUGUUGUGUUGUACUUGUUAGUUACCCACUCACAGCCAAGUGGGUCAAUGGUCGAUUCAUUUUGUGAGCUGCCAUUUUAGGUUGCAUAAAACAGGUUCUCUUGUUUUCUUUCUUGUGCUGUGUUCAGCUGUAAGAAAAAAUAAGCAAGAAUUGUUUUCAGUUUUAUGAAUAGUAAUAUUUUUUAAAUUUGUUUAAUUAUAUCCAAUUUUCUUAGUUUUGGGUUUGAUAUUUUUUUUGUGGUGGUAUUGUGUCAACAAGAAUGGAGUCUGUUUUGCCUCUAGUAGCUUGAUCAUAAAAAGGGAUUUAGACAUUGGUUGCAAGUACUUUGAGUUAUAUAAUCUGUUGUUUGUGAACUGUCAUGGUAAUUUGGUGAAGUUCUUUUAAUAAUGUUGCUUUAACUUGCUUUGAGAAGAAAGCUUUAUUCGAUGGUAGAGAGCAUCAUGGUUUCAAUAUUUGUUUUGAUGUUUUCAUUAGGAAAAGUAAAAUUUAUUGUUAUUUGAGAAUUUUUACACUGCUGGUAAGCACCAUUUAAAGACAGUGGCCAGAAAAUAAAUUGUUAAAUUGCCCAGAAGACAUUUUCCAAAAGAAAUGAUUUUUUCAUCAAUCAAGAGUUCCUUUUAUCAGUCAAGAGUUCCUUUUACAGAAUAUAGUUGACAUGUUAUUAAAAAAGUAUUUACUUGUUGCAUGAUUAAAAACUUUUUUACCAAGUA